GAAGAUCGCAGCUUGCGAAAUAAUGAAGCGGUGGCUAUAGUACGGCAAACUACGUUUAGUAUAUUUGGUAACUGUAGUCGAUGCACACGCUUUUUUAGAAUCGAGUGAGCUUGGUACGUCGCUGAAGUGAUUCCUCGCUCCUUGAUUGUUUCUUUGACUUUGACUUUCAGUUUUGCGGAUAACUUUUGCUUUCAACGCUCGUUUGUUUUUGUGAGAUCAAAGUGCAGGAUAUGAGUAUGGCUAGCGGACAAUUUUUAUAUACAGUUGCUUUCCUUUGUCUGAUGACCUUACCUUCCACACAACCGAUAACGGUAACAUUCGGAACGAAAGAAGGCCCCAUCGAGCCCAGGCAACCAAAGUCACCGCAGAGUCAAGAAAAACCCGUAGAAUACAGGAACCCAGCUCCAGUUUCCGAAGAAAGAAUCGACAUUCCCAAUCCAAACACGUAUAGACCGCCAUUCCCUCAUCAAUACAGAGAGAAAAUAUAUUCUUAUAAAGCUCCUUCAAAUUUAAUUUUAGGAACCCCGUUAGAUCAAAAAUACACCCCAAGCAUCUCCAAGUAUCAUUAUUACAAAAAACAAUUGCAAAAACUUGAUUCGGGAGUAGAUUACACCGGUCCGCAUAUUUUCGAAAAACAAGAAUACGAAUUUUAUCCUAAAACUAUACUCAGCCCAUCAGUUAAAUACAACAAACCUGUUUAUGUACCUUUGACUGAUAAAAACGGUAAAUACGUUCCCGAAAUCGGAAUCAUUUACUCUUCAGGUGUGAGAUAUUAUAUACCUCAAGUUGUAAUUGUUAAUUCUAAAGAAGUCAAUGAUCCAAAAGACGAAAAUUCCGUGUACGAUGUCGAAGACGCUAAAUAUUACCAAUAAAAUAGUUUAGUCGAAAUUUUUUCCAGUGCCAAUAAUUUUAUUGAUUUGUUUUUAUUUUGACAUAAACACAAAAAAAUAUCGAUACAAAAUUAUCUACCCAUACAAAUAUUUUUGAUAUCACAACCAUAAUUGCUUGUGGGUUUUAUGUACAUCAAAGAAAAAAUUUUUAAGAAGCUAAAAAUUUUUAGUUUAUUUAUAAACAUAUAGAAUAAAAUAUGUGUACAUCCACCCACCCUGUACGCGUUCGUUUAGCAUGCGACAAAUCUUCUUUUUUUUUCUCAUCCUGGCUCUAGGUUGUCACUCAACCUCUUUCUUGGUCGACCUCUACUUCGUGUUCCAAUUGGACUAUUUUUACCAGUCUAUCGUCUGUUAUUCCACUCAUUUGUUGGUUCUUACUUUGUUUUAACAUUAUUAAAUGAUUAAAUUUUUCAAUAAAAAUCCACAAAUUACCGAGAACAAAGUUACUUGGUAGCUCUUACUACCACCACGUAUCCAUAUUCUUCAAUCCUGUUGUUUAUCAUCAUUUUUAAUGUUUUGAUCAAUCUUCUUCAAUAGCCACCUUCACCUGGGGGCUAACAUAUGACCUUGAACCAUUUCUUAGUAUCAUACCAUGGAACAAUGUGUUUAAAUUCGGUAGUUCUCAUCGAUAACAAGUGGUUCUACCCUAUGAAAUCGGCGUUUGCUAUUACAUUAUAUGAAAACUUUUUCUCUAACAUGUUAAUGGUGUUAUUGAUUUCAAAAGCCAGUCGUUGUUGAAUACAGGCCUUCGCAAAUAUCAGUAACAACUCUUUAUUUCACAAUUUAAGGAUAAAAAUAUGAAAAUUAGAACAAUUUAUCAUUAAUUUCAAGGACUGCUUUUAUUCAUACAUUUCUUCUUAAUCACGGUUUUGAUUUAAUGUCUUUUCUUCUUAAUGCAAGUAAUACUAACAAUGUAAUUUCACUUUAUCUUUACCGCUGUCGUUUAUUCUUGAGAGUCCUUUUUUGAACUAGAGAAACCAAUAUAAAAUACGAUGUUAACCACAAUAAUACUGUCCGAGUUUGCAGCAAGUCCUGAUGUCGUUUCGGUCAUGGAUAAACGGUCAUCUAUGAACUCUUCUUCGGUAGAUGUGUUCCAAAUUUAUUUUCUGGUAUAUUACCAGAAAAAUAGUUCUACUAGUACACCUAUUUAACGUCAGGAAAAAGUUUCUGCUCAUCUGUGAUUCAGGUAUACAGCACAAUUAUAUAUCUAGUUUCUUUGAUAGUUAUAUCGAGAAAUCAAUUUAAUACCGACAUCAAACCAUUAAUUUUAAUUACCACGCAAUAAAGUUUCGAUUAUAAUCAAUAAAAUACAGAAUAUCAUUUGAUUUAUUGUGGUCUCGAUGAUCAUUUAGUGGUUUUUUGUGAGGAUAAAAACCAACAUCGAGCUCUUGAUUGAAAGUCCUAAAACUCCGCUUGUUUUUUUUAAAACUUUCAGAUUAUUACACGGUUGUAUACUUUCAAAACGAUCAGGGUGCAGCUUUGGUAUUUUUAUUAUUCUUUACACAAAAUUUCGACUAAAUCCAAACUUAUUUAAUAUUGCAACAAAAGCAAAUAAUGUUGAUUAAUAACAGCUUGCUACUUUGAAAUUCUCAUCUUUUGAGUCGCGCCCGAGAAAUCGAUACUAUUUGGAGCGACUAGGAGACUGGGCGAAUGAAGACGAACGUCCACACUCUCGCACUUGUGUUUGCUCAAAUAGCCUCGUGGAGAAACUGGCUCAGGCUUAUAUAUAUUCAAGAUUAGGAAAAAACGAACUAAAAUAUUACAAAUUGUCUUUUGUGAAAAUUGAAGUAGUUUUUUCUGCAUACAUUCCAUUUUAUUUUAUAAUUUUGAAAAUAGUUAGUUGAUUUCGUGCAAUUAUUGUACAAAACAUUUCUUUUAGUUACAAUUAACAUGGAGGAGUCAAAUUAAAAUUUCCUGUUUCUCAUUUUCAUGAUAUUUCGUGUUUUUAUUAUUCUUUGCACAAAAUUUCAACUAAAUCCAAACUUAUUUCAUAUUGCAACAAAAGCAAAUAUUGAUUAAUAACAGCUUGCUACUUUGAAAUUCUCGUCUUUUGAGUCACGCCUAAGAAAUCGAUACUAUUUGGAACAACUUGGAGACGAGGCGAAUGAAGACGAACGUCCACACUCUCGCACUUGUGUUUGCUCAAAUAGCCUCGUGGAGAAACUGGCUCAGGCUUAUAUAUAUUCAAGAUUAGGAAAAAACGAACUAAAAUACUACAAAUUGUCUUUUGUAAAAAUUGAAGUGGUUUUUUCUGCAUACAUUCCAUUUUAUUUUAUAAUUUUGAAAAUAGUUAGUUGAUUUCGUACAAUUAUUGUACAAAACAUUUCUUUUAGUUACAAUUAACAUGGAGGAGUCAAAUUAAAAUUUCCUGUUUCUCAUUUUCAUGAUAUUUCGUGUUUUUAUUAUUCUUUACACAAAAUUUCAACUAAAUCCAAACUUAUUUAAUAUUGCAACAAAAGCAAAUAUUGAUUAAUAACAGCCUGCUACUUUAAAAUUCUCAUCUUUUGAGUCGCGCCCGAGAAAUCCAUACUAUUUGCAGCGACUAGGAGACGAGGCGAAUGAAGACGAACGUCCACACUCUCGCACUUGUGUUUGCUCAUAUAGCCUCGUGGAGAAACUGGCUCAGGCUUAUAUAUAUUCAAGAUUAGGAAAAAACGAACUAAAAUACUACAAAUUGUCUUUUGUAAAAAUUGAAGUGGUUUUUUCUGCAUACAUUCCAUUUUAUUUUAUAAUUUUGAAAAUAGUUAGUUGAUUUCGUGCAAUUAUUGUACAAAACUUUUCUUUUAGUUACAAUUAAAUUGAAAUUUACUGUUUCUCAUUUUCUUCAUGAUAUUUGAUGAAUAGUUAAUUGUGUUGACUGCUAUAAAGAAAAUGCAAAACUAGAUGUUUUCUAAAUUCAUAAAAACUAUAAUUUUUAUUCUAAAAAGCAUACGUUGAAAUCAUUGUUCACAAGAAGAUUGAAUUGAGUACGUAAUUAUCAUUUUAAAUACCAUCUGUUAAUUGAAAUACGUAAUUGCCAUACCUUGUUUGAUCUUAUAUACCUUUUAUGGAUUCUUGGAUACAUCAUUUAUAUAGGAACGUGUCACUUGUAUAAUAUUACAAUUGUAUAUAUUUGUAAUAAAUUAAAUUUUAAUAAA